GAAUCACAAAUUUGUAAAAUGUAGGGAUUGACUGCCUCAGUCGCUCAAACUGUCAGUAGUGUUACGUGAAGUCGUUUAAUCUGUUCAUGUUAUUCGGGAAAAAGCACAAUUUAGACUGCUGAAUGAGCUUACAGUCACGCGCCAGUGCUGUGACAGGCAGUGUGAGUGUCAGUUUCAUUACAGUUACGCGAGUAGCUAGCUUGCUAGAUAUUCUCUUUUCUGAACACAUUGAUUUAGUGUCAGGUCGAGCAAGAAAACUGUUAGGAUAGGAGGCUAAAUGGCAGACGUUGGAACGUGUGUCACUCAUUAAAGGUUUGACGUUUUUCCAGUGAACAUUUCAAGUCAACACGUCAGCCUAAGAUGGCCAGCAGGAAUGCCAGUGAGAGCACCCCUCUUUUGGACAGCAGCUCUGUGACUGUGAACAGGCCUGUGUCAGUGUUCCAGGGCAGAAGACUGGCAUGCGCGACUAUUCUGCUGGCAGAGUCAUUGGAACGAGUGGCAUUCUAUGGCAUCACUUCCAACCUGGUCCUUUUCCUCAACAGUAGCCCAUUUUAUUGGGAGGGAACUCAGGCCAGCCAGGCACCACUGAUGUUCAUGGGGGUUACAUACCUGAUCUCACCAUUUGGUGGCUGGCUGGCUGAUGCAUAUCUGGGAAAGUUCUGGACAAUAGCUGGCAGUUUGAUCCUGUACUUUCUUGGCAUACUGUUUUUCCCAUUUAUCGCAAGUACAGAAUCCCAGAAUACCCUGUGUGGUGAUGAAAUGGCAUUUCCAGUACAACCGGCUGAGUGUUUGAGCACAAAUGGUACCCUUCCAAGCAAUGUGACCUGCCCCACACGGGCACCUUACUGCGGGCCAGUGAUCUACACUGCCCUUGUUCUCAUUGCCCUUGGUGUGGGAACAGUGAAAUCCAACAUCACUCCAUUUGGGGCAGACCAGGUAAAAGAUCGUGGCCCAGAGGCCACUCGCAGGUUCUUCAACUGGUUCUACUGGUGCAUCAACCUAGGGGCCAUCUUGUCCCUAGGUGGCGUGGCUUACAUCCAGCAGAACAUCAACUUCCAGUUGGGGUACAUCAUCCCAGCUGUGUGCCUGGGUGUCUCCUUCCUGGUGUUCCUGCUGGGGCGUACAGUCUUCAUCAACAAGCCAGCUGACGGUAGUGCAUUCACUGAUAUGUUCAAGAUCCUGGGUUACGCCUUCUGCACUGCACAGCCCAAAGAGCCCAACCUGCUACGGGCUAAACCGACUAUGCUGGACGGUGCCAAGGUGACAUAUGGAGGGAGAUUCCCUGAGGAGAAGGUGGAGGAGGUGAAAGCAAUGCUUAAAGUUCUCCCGGUGUUCUUUGCUCUUAUCCCAUACUGGACUGUAUACUUUCAGAUGCAGACAACAUAUUUCCUCCAGAGCCUACAUCUAAGGAUUCCUGACACCAGCACAGGCACCAACAGCAGUGACGGCACCCUCCAGAUCACAUUCCGCUUCCCUGCUGCCUGGCUGACAAUGUUCGACGCAGUGCUUAUUCUCAUGCUGAUCCCUCUUAAGGACAAAGUGGUGGACCCCAUCCUCAAACGCAGAGGCCUGCUGCCCUCCUCCCUCAAGAGGAUCGCAGUGGGGAUGUUCUUUGUCAUGUGGUCAGCUGUGGCGGCUGGUAUACUGGAGACAAAACGACUUGAGAUCAUCAAAUCUAAUGGCACCAUCGACCAGGUCUUUGGCGACGUCAUCUACUACGCAGCAGAUCUGCCCAUAUGGUGGCAGGUGCCCCAGUAUGUGCUCAUCGGAAUCAGCGAAAUCUUUGCCAGCAUCGCAGGUCUGGAAUUUGCCUACUCAGCCGCCCCCAGGUCCAUGCAGAGUGCCAUCAUGGGACUGUUCUUCUUCUUCUCUGGGAUUGGUUCCUUUGUGGGCUCCGGCCUACUGGCCAUCGUCUCCCUCAAGGGGAUUGGCUGGAUGUCCUCCCACAAGGACUUUGGUAACAUCAAUGACUCCCAGCUCAACUACUACUUCUUCCUGCUAGCGGGGAUCCAGUGUGUCACCCUGCUGGUCUUCCUCAUCGUGUCGGUCAAAUAUGACAAACAGAAGAGUAGUAGAGCAGGAAGCCAAAGGCUGGGCACCACUCCCUCUUGACCCCAGGACUGACCCAUGUCCAUCUGACUUCACCCUACCUGCCUUAGUGCAUUGUGGUUCGUGCCAAAACACCUCUGUGAUUUGGUAUGGGAUAGAGUUUUUAUUUUAUUUUUCCUCAAUGAGUUUGUAAGACUAUUACAUUUUAAGGCAAAAAAAUAAGUUUGGACACACCUACUCAUUCAAGGGUUUUUCUUUAUUUUUUACUAUUUUCAACAUUGUAGAAUAAUAGUGAAGUCAUCCAAACUAUAAAGAAAUAACACACAUGAAAUAAUUUCAUUGAGUAACCAAACAAGUGUUUAAACAAAUAUUUUUGAUUCUUGAAAGUAGCCACCCUUCGCCUUGAUGACAGCUUUGCACACACUUGGCAUUCUCUCAACCAGCUUCACCUGGAAUGCUUUUCCAGCAGUCUUGAAGGAGUUCCCACAUUUGCUGAGCACCUGUUGGCUGAUUUUUUUCCUUCACUCUGCGGUCCAACUCUUCCCAAACCAUCUCAAUUGGGUUGAGGUCAGGUGAUUGUGGAGACCAGGUCAUCUGAUGCAGCACUCAAUCACUCUCCUUCUUGGUCAAAUAGCAUUUACACAGCCUGGAGGUGUGUUGGUUAAUUGUCCUUUUGUAGAACAAAUGAUAGUGAGACUAAGUGCAAACCAGAUGGGAUGGCGUAUCGCUGCAGAAUGCUGUGGUAGCCAUGCUGGUUAAGUGAGCCUUGAAUUCUAAAUAAAUCACAGACAGUGUCACCAGCAAAGCACCCCCAGACCAUCACACCACCUCCUCCAUGCUUCAUGGUGGGAACCACACAUGCGGAGAGCAUCCGUUCACCUACUCUGUGUCACACAAAGACACUGGUUGGAAUCAAGAAUCUCAAAUUUGGACUCCUCAGACCAAAGGACCGAUUUCCACUGGUAUAAUGCCCAUUGCUCGUGUUUCUUGGCCUAAGCAAGUAUCUUAUUUUUAUUGGUGUCCUUUAGUAGUGGUUUCUCUGCAUCACUUUGACCAUGAAGGCCUGAUUCACGCAGUCUCCACUGAACAGUUGAGAUGUCUGUUACUUGAACUCUGAAGCAUUAAUUUGUGCUGCAAUUUCUGAGGCUGGUAAUUGAUGAACUUAUCCUCAACAGCAGAGGUAACUCUGGGUCUUCCUUUCCUGUGAUGGUCCUCAUGAGAGCCAGUUUCAUCAUGGCGCUUAAUGGUUUUUGCGACUGCACUUGAAGAAUCUUUCAAAGUUCUUAAUGUUCUGGAUUGACUGACCUUCAUGUCUUAAAGUAAUGAUGGACUGUCAUUUCUCUUUGCUUAUUUGAGCUGUUGUCAUAAAAUGGCAAGAUCUUUUACCAAAUGUGGCUAUCUUCUGUAUACCACCCAUGCUUUGUCACAAUACAACUGAUUGGCUCAAACAGAUUAAGAAGGAAAUAAAUUUGACAAAUGAACCUAACAAGGCACACCUUUUAAUUGAAAUGCAUUCCAGGUGCGCAAACCAGUCAUCAAGGCAAUGUUUGGCUACUUUGAAGAAUCUGUUUAUAAAAUGUAUUUGGUUUGUUUAACACUUUUUUGGCGGGGGGUGACUGUAUGAUUCUGUGUUAUUUCUUUAUAGUUUGGAUGUCUUCACUAUAAUUGUACAAUGUAAAACAUGAAGAAAAACCCUUGAAUGAGUGGACACACCUAAACUUUUGACUGGUACUGUACUUUUACUGUACACUCACACAUCCUCACAUGAGAUCAAGUUCAUCUUAAUGUUUAUUUAUUGUACAGUAACCUUUAUUUAAGUGAUCAUUACUGUGUCUGAACCUGUUCUAUCUGCAGAGGUCAGGUUGCCCUUGAAUACGAAUGGUGUAAUUUAUAGUCAUUUAAAACAAUUAUUUCAUGUAAGCUGCUCAAAUAACUCACUCCUGUUGUCAGAUCAGUAUGACAUUAUACAACUGAGUGGCCUUUUCACUCUGAUCAUAGAUCAAUGAACAAUUUAAAACAAACUCCCCCAGACACACCACUUUUUCAAAAACCUUCGAGGCUUCAUCGACUUGUUAUUGACUGAUCCGGUUUGUACUUGUUUGUUUGCUCUUAAAGCCUUUCUUCUUGUAGAGGAAUUGUGCCAUGUUCAGACUGUAUUGAACAUUACUCAAAAUUGUGAUUAGGGCCUUGGUGUUUGACAUUUGCGAUAUAGCUUUUUUUUUACCUUGUGGUUAUGAUUGACAUGUAGGGGUUAAAUAGAACGGGCUUUUACUAACCAUGGUACUAUGUUCAAAAUUAUGAGACCGAAUACAAUGUCAUGCUGCUCAUGUAUACAUACUUUGUUUUCAGAUUUAGAGUUGCUUAAAUAUUGAAGGUAUUUAUUGAAUUACAUUUGUCUGCUAAAUCCAUAAAUAAGGCUUAGACUUACUUUUCACUAUGCAAUGAUUUUAAAUCACUAUUUUAAUCUGAUUACAGAAAAAAAGCAAUUCCAUAUUAAAUGGAUAUAGUGCCAGCUAUUUCAACGUGUAUACCAUUUUGGUGUAUUUACCAUCAUUUACUCCUAGACUAACCACCCCUAGCCUGCAAAAGCACAACAUGGUGUUCCUGAAACGGGAUGUUCUGGGUCGUUCCCAGAACACAUUUAUUACAUUACCUGCAAACCUAAUAAUGCCGGGGAGCCUAGUGGUUAGAGCAUUGGACUAGUAACCGAAAGGUUGCAAGUUCAAAUCCCAGCGCUGACAAGGUACAAAUCUGUCGUUCUGCCCCUGAACAGGCAGUUAACCCACUGUUCCUAGGCCAUCACUAAAAAUAAGGUUUUGAUCUUAACUGACUUGCCUAGUUAAAUAAAGGUAAAAUUAAAAUAUGAACCUUAGGGUAAUGUUCUGUGGUGGUCGUUACAGAUGUUGUGCCCAAGAGUUUAAGGAAUGUUUGGAGGACAUUUCAUUUCAAACGUUUUCUGAAAAACAUUAUUUGAAUGUUUUUGGGAUGUUAACCUAAUGUUCGAUAAACCGCUUAAACUUAAUGGGAAUGUUCGCUAAUGUUCCAGGUUUUCUCAGUGUUUUGUUAAACAGCAAGAUCCACAAUGUAUUUUUGUUUGGGGGGGGCUCUGCAUUUUUUUGCUUUAUCUAGACAGUGCAAGAAGUGAAAGCUGAAAGUAAGGUAUUUUAUAAACCAAAAUCUACUCCGGGCUCAAGGGAUGUGGAAUAAUUAAUUAUUAAAGACUACCAAUACAAUUGUUCAGAAGAGUUGGCAUACUACUUUUGAGAUCUUAUGACAUAGCUGUUUACAGAUUUAUCAGGUAUGUGGCUUGAGUUUACCUUUUAGCUAUCACAUUGGAACCACUUACUAACUCCAUGACAGUUGCUGAAAACAACCAUUUUGGUCAUUAUUAUAGUGUUUGUUGGUUGAAUGGUGUUUUUUUGUGGUUUGUUUGCCAAUAAAAUCUAUUACAAUCCUUUAAA